AUGGACCAAUCGGUAUAUGCGACCUAUCCGCCGGAGCUCUCUCCAGAGCAAAGGCGGUAUUUAGUAGCCACAGUGAAAGACUGGACGAUACAUCACGGACUGACUGUCCGACCAUCUCCAGACUUAGUAUCAAAGGCAUCUGAUUCUAAUGCUGUGUUGGCAACAAAUGCGCCGGUGACAUUGUUCCCGAGCCUCUUCCCAAGAUCCUGCUAUCAGUCAGCGGUUUCCGUUCAAACAGCAUAUAACGAGCUGUAUGCUGCGAUCACUGCAGAUGAAGCAUGGCUAGGGGAAAUUAUCGAAGACCUCGUCGAUGUCGAUGAUUUUGUUGCCAAUUUAUGGAAAGUCCACAAGGCCGUUAAACAAGAAGGUUAUGUCCAGCCAUUAUCAUUGGGCCUUUUCAGGUCAGACUAUAUGCUUCACACCCCAGAAGGAAGCACUGAACCAUCUCUAAAGCAAGUGGAAUUCAAUACCAUCUCGUCAUCCUUUGGCGGGCUUUCAUGCCUUGUGAGCAAGAUGCAUUCGGAUCUUCUCUCUUGCCCACCGGGAACUCCGAUUGCAUACCCACCACAUCAAUUAUUGAAAGAGAAUUCCAUUCCAGAGAAUAAGGCGGUUGCGACUCUCGCUGCAGGACUUGCCGCCGCUCACGAAGCUUACGGAUGCUCCAAAUCAUCACCGUCGCUGCCUCUGUGCAUUCUUUUUGUGGUUCAAGAUGGGGAGCGGAAUAUAUUUGACCAACAUGAGCUCUCAACUCGUCUCACACAAUUCCAUAAAAUACCCGUUUUCCGCGUUAUCACUACAGAUGUCCUACGGUUGACGUCUGUCCCCCAAGACAACCCAUCUCGCCCGCUGGUAUAUGCCCCACCAUAUGCCCCAUCAGUCUCCUUUGAGGUCACCACUAUCUACCUCCGGGGUUUCUACGGACCUAGAGACUACCAAGACGGAAGCGCAUGGGAGGCGCGUACUCACCUCGAACGCUCAGCAGCAAUCAAAUGCCCCACAGUCCUCAACCAACUAUCGGGAUGCAAGAAGGUCCAACAGGUCCUCGCUCAGCCGACCGGACCCGAUCAUUUGGCCCGAUUCCUCCCCAACGCCGACCCUCAAACCAUCAAGCAAAUACGCGAUACUUUCGCUCCACAAUAUGAUAUCUCUACCUCCGGGCAGGGGCAAGAUCUAGCCCUCAACCCAUCUACUGCAGCAAAGCACGUUCUCAAACCCCAGCGCGAAGGCGGUGGGAACAACAUUUACCGCGAGGCAAUCCCGGGAUUUCUACGCGCCAUGCCUGAGAAGGACUGGAAGGGGUGGAUUCUGAUGGAACUCAUCCAGCCACCGAGCGCAGCUAAGAACGUUGCACUUCGUAGUGAUGGUGAAGUACUGACAGGUAAUGUUGUCGGUGAAUUGGGUAUUUUUGGCGCAAUAUUGUGGAAUAAUGAGACUGGGAAGGUUAUGCGCAACGAGCAGGGAGGGUGGCUGAUGAGAACCAAGGCCGAUGACAGUGACGAAGGUGGUGUUGCCGCGGGUUUCUCUUCACUCGAUAGUAUAUUACUCAUUUAG